AUGAUACUCUUCCAAGCAUUCUCGCGCGCACGAAGAAACUACAGAAAGAAUACGCGAUCAUGUCCACUAUACACUCUCCCAAACGAAAUCGUCGAGCGCAUUCGAGAAUAUCUCGACGAGGUCGAUCGCAGCUGUCUCGCGCUUUCAACAUCCAAAUAUCUCGAAGCCCUUUGUCCUAAAGGCCUAGCAAUAGACCAGAAAAGCUCAGCGCCCUUAUCCGACAGGAUAAAACGCGAUCACUUCUACAAAAGCCGAACCCAAUGGCUCGAUCGUAAACUUGGUUUUCUCUGCCACUUCAUCCGAUUGAAGAAUCUCGCAAAGGCACGCCCUAAAGACAAAGCCACUCGAUCCAUGGCCUACGAAUGCAAGGAAUGUUGCUGCGUCUUCGAUAGAUCAUGCACAUAUAGAGGAAUGGAACUAGCUAUCCGACCGGAGCGCAACUGGUCAACUAGAUUGCCUCCAGCUACUCGACCCUUGUUCUUCUGCCGUCCUACCGUGUUCAUCGAACGCAGGACCUCGAAGAUCACAAUCCGCUAUACAGCGUUCCUCACGGCGCAAAACGUUAGGCUGCAGCUUACAGCGCCUAGAUUGCGAAGGGCACUGCAGAAGUCGCGUCUUGAGAUAUGUCCACAUAUGGCGACCACCGACUCGUCGACUAUAGAGCGCUUGGUGGAUGAGUGGGAGAAUGCUUCCGAUGCGGGGAACGCAUGGGAGCGGAUUGGCAUUGAUUGCAAAGUUUGCAGUACGAAGAUCUGUAUAACGAAGGAUUAUAUGCCGAACAUAUACGCCGUAGAGGUUGUGCGGAGAUUGGGGAGUUUGAAGUCGCCGGGUGAUCCGGUGUUCAGGAGUCAUUGCUAUCAGAGGGCAGAAGUCUUGAAAGAGACAGGAAAGUAA